AUGCGUACCAUAGUUGUCGACCACAGGGAGCAUAGAAAAUGGCGAGUGAGGCAUGGGUAUAUAGCCGGCCAUGGACUCGCUCCCAAAGCAGCGCAGGGAAUACGUCAAUGGUCUUCUAAAUGGUUGUGUAGUUUCUACAAACAAAGGAGAAUGUCAAUCUGCGACAUACAAGCAACCAGGUCAAAAGGGAGCCCCACAUUAUCAAGGGGAAAACUGAACGUCCAAUGCUAUGGAUCGGCUGUGGACACGUCUGCUGAACAGAUCGGCUGCAGCCUAGAUAAUGUGUCGGUUCUCGAGCAGAAGGAUUACUGGCAGAUCGCAAAACCAUUGGUGGCUGAACUGUGUAGCCAAUGGGACCAAGACUAUGAACGAGCGGGUUGCACGGUGGGAGCAUUGCCUCAUCGGGCUGUCUACCACGGAUCCACCAACCCGCUGGACUAUGUCUACGCCAUCAACAGUCAUCUCUGUGACGAUCAUCGGUCUGACCAGGUUAAUACAAGGCAUGUGAUUCUGUUCAGUGCUAAGAGGAAUUUCGGAGCUGCAAACCCCUGCUUGGUGGCAAUUGAAUGCCGCAACAACCAGCGGAGAGGUAGUCCCACAGCAGCCACUGCGUCCAAGGACCUGCAGGACGGAGUGGAGGAAUUAUACCCGACAAGCAGACCCCGCUUUAAGGAGGAUGGGGUAACCGAGAACAGUGACACGGGUCCAUCCGAAGACGAUGGUGCACAAAGCGACGCAUUUCUAGAAUGCCAUCCAAACAGUGAGCUCAACACCUCACCGCAUCCCGCAGCGGACUUUUCUCGCAUGGUGCGAGACGGUGUGGCUCGAAAGUUGGGAUCACUGCCGCCUCUAGUCGAUAUUACGACCGAUGAAGGAGAGAUGUCGCCCAGUUUAGGUACACCCGGUACCACCGGCAGCGCUGCGACGUGCCGGGAUCCAUUGUUUGUGCCGCCCGCUGAUCAAGACCUUGACAUCCUAGCUGCGAUUCCGUGGAAUGGCAACCAGAUGUUACCGGGUGCCGUAUCACAUGCCAAGACAAUUGGGAAUUGGUCCUCAGGUGCAUUCCAGAUCCCGACUUUGUCUGAUUCCGACAUGUUAGUUGAUGAUUGUGGCGCGCCUGACAAUCUCGAUCAGGCUAUGGCCCAUAUGUCCCCCCUCUCAGCGACGAGCGGGGUUAUUCCUGGUGCAGAUACCCGCUUAACACCCGAUAAAGAAAGUCCGACCAGCUGUACGCGCACCUAUGAGAGCCUAGAUGGUAGAGUGAAUGAUGCCACGGAUCUACGAGAUUCUCUUGCACAGCAAUGGCCAGAUACAGAUCGUAUCAUACUGCAUGGCAGCAUAUUGGCAUACGCUGAUAUAGAACAAAUCUUGGACGAGCUGCAGAAUCCUCAGCAGCUAUCAAUUCCUACAGUUGACUUUCUAGGCGACCUUUUUUCAUACUAUCGACCCUCAUCACAAGUAUACAUUGCUGAUACGGCCUGGCCCGACCGUCUACAUCGCGGCGUUCUCCGCCCAACACCAAUCCCACAGAUUCUAUUGCUGCCCACCUAUUUACAUGGACGCUGGUCAUUAAUUGAAAUUCAAGCCUGCUCUGGGGCUGUGAUUCACUACUCCUUUACCGCAAUCGGGCCAGGCCUACAUGAGAUGUGUGAUCCUUGUGAUCCUGUCUAUCCUGCUUGUACCUCUUGCCGAGGCGCUAUAGAGGCACUAUCCCAACAUCUGCGGGAUAUGGGUAAACUGUCCCCAGAGUGGAAAUUUUAUAACCGGCCGAUUACCAGCACGAACGGAGAUGACGGAACAUGCCUGCUUUGGACAAUAAAGCAGCGUGUCAACAACCAGUCCGUCCAAGAGGAACCGUCGGAGGAUUUCCGGGGGAGCCUCAACCGUGAAAUCGUAGCGCGGGCACUCCACGCCGCAGGGGAGUCUCGAUUAUCGUUACCCUCGGCACUGUCAUCCUCCCGCAGACACCCCGGCGUCUUACCGGAGAAGGUGCAGCAACGCUGGUCUGCUGUCACAGGUGAAUGGGACAUUCCCAUUGACCUCACUCGUAUAAGGGAACGAAUAGCCCGGAUGCCUCUAAAUAGCACAGUGCGCAUCGGUAGCAAGCAGGCUGACCGGCUACUACAGUUGGCGUUUACUAUCGCAUCGCCGCCUGUUCUAGUAGAACUACGGCGUCAGUUACUCCAUCUGCGCCAGAAGCAGACAGCAGCUAACUGCUGCUUCCAGCGUACCCCAGCUGGUGUAUUCAAGGCCGGCAUCUGGCACAAGGACAAUAAGGACACAUCCCGCAUUGGCCUCGCGCUAACUUGCUGGUAUGUCCACAACCACCGCCAGCAACGGCACCAGGAGGGCUAUCCAGAUCCGACCGCUCAGACUGUAGUAAAUAUCUGUCGCCAGCUCCCCGAGUCGACGCGUGAUUACCACCAGGUCGAGGAGAGGGUAAAGGGUUGGUACAAGCGUGCAUGGCCUUGGAACCAGCUGGUACGUAUUGCCAGCUCACCCAAUGUACUCUGCUUUCUACCCCAAGGUGUAUCCUUUGCAGGAAAGGGUACAAUCUCUAUGACCGACUACCGGAGCCUUAAAAAAGCCCAUUAUGAGGCCUUUGAGUGGGCCAGUACAGAAUUGAGCAGUGGACAGAAAAGGAGAUCCUGGCAGAACCGCUGGAUUCUGAGAAAUUUGAUCGAGCCUUCGAUCUGCUCAUUGAAUAAUGUAUCGUCAAAUGAUUUCUAUCGGGUGACCUAG